CGUUUUUCUUUCUUCCUGUCCGGCUGGAAAGAUGGCGUCCCGCAAGGAAGGUUCAGGCUCUACCGCCGCCUCUUCCAGCUCUACCUCCGGCGCGGUGGGGAAAGGCAAAGGAAAAGGCGGCUCUGCAGAUUCGGCCGUGAAGCAAGUGCAGAUAGAUGGCUUGGUGGUAUUAAAGAUAAUCAAACAUUAUCAAGAAGAAGGACAAGGAACUGAGGUGGUUCAGGGAGUACUUUUGGGCCUGGUUGUUGAAGAUCGACUUGAAAUUACGAAUUGCUUCCCUUUCCCCCAGCACACAGAGGAUGACGCUGAGUUUGACGAAGUCCAGUAUCAGAUGGAAAUGAUGCGGAGCCUUCGCCAUGUGAAUAUCGACCAUCUCCACGUGGGCUGGUACCAGUCUACAUACUAUGGCUCCUUCGUCACCCGGGCGCUUCUGGAUUCUCAGUUCAGUUACCAGCACGCCAUUGAAGAAUCUGUCGUUCUCAUUUAUGAUCCCAUAAAAACUGCGCAAGGGUCUCUCUCGCUAAAGGCAUACAGACUGACUCCUAAACUGAUGGAAGUUUGUAAAGAGAAGGAUUUUUCCCCUGAAGCAUUGAAAAAGGCAAGUAUCACCUUUGAGCACAUGUUUGAAGAAGUGCCGAUUGUGAUUAAAAAUUCACACCUGAUCAACGUGCUGAUGUGGGAGCUUGAGAAGAAGUCAGCUGUAGCAGAUAAACACGAGUUGCUCAGCCUUGCUAGCAGCAGUCACCUGGGGAAGAAUCUGCAGCUGCUGAUGGACAGAGUGGAUGAAAUGAGCCAGGACAUAGUGAAAUAUAACACGUACAUGCGGAACACCAGCAAACAGCAGCAGCAGAAACAUCAGUAUCAGCAGCGUCGCCAGCAAGAAAACAUGCAGCGCCAGAGCCGAGGAGAACCCCCGCUCCCUGAGGAGGACCUGUCCAAGCUCUUUAAGCCCCACCAGGCCCCGGCCAGAAUGGACUCGCUGCUCAUCGCAGGCCAGAUUAACACGUACUGCCAGAACAUCAAGGAGUUCACCGCCCAGAACUUAGGCAAACUCUUCAUGGCUCAGGCUCUUCAAGAAUACAACAACUGAGAGGACAUUUCCAGAAGAGGAGUUGACGUGGCCUGCUGCAGUCACAGCAGGGCCGCACUCCAAAGACAUAGAUUUCUAUAUUGAAAAGCACAGACUCUUUAAUGUCGUUGCUAUUUUUGGCUGCAACAUCUUUCUAGCCAGUAAUAAAAUAAAACACAGUUGUGAUUGCUUGUUGA